AUGUCUAUAAUAAUCGUGUCUUUCAAAUUAACGUCGGGCAGCGAACGUGAAGUGAAAGGUAAUUGGAGAGAUUUUUAUGAAAUUGCACCGCAAGUUGAGGAAACACCUGGACGUUUUCAGGUGGUGUCAUUUAAUUGGGAAGAAGUCCAAAAACCAUAUACUAUCGCAAUAUGGCUAUUACUCGCUGGUAUUGCUAAAAUGGUUUUUCAUAUAUCAAAACGGGUCGCCGAUACAUUUCCUGAUUCAUCAUUAUUAAUUGUUGUGGGUCUUAUGUUGGGUGUCCUGCUCAAAUUAUCCAAUGUUAGUGAUUCAAUAUUCAACCUUGAAGCAAAUAUUUUCUUCCUUUACUUGCUUCCACCAAUUAUUUUUGAUGCAGGUUAUUUUAUGCCAAAUCGAGCUUUGUUUGAAAAUUUUGGCUCUAUUUUGGCAUUUGCUGUUAUUGGGACCAUAUGGAAUUGUUUUGCAAUUGGCUGCUCAUUAUAUGGCCUUGGUUUAUUAAAUGUAUUUUCAAUCAAAUUUUCCAUUUUCGAAAUUUUCCUUUUUUCGGCAUUAAUUAGCGCUGUUGAUCCAGUAGCUGUAAUAGCAGUUUUUGAAGAGAUUCGUGUUAAUGAAACUCUUUUUAUAACUGUUUUCGGCGAAGCAUUAUUCAACGAUGGUAUUACCGUGGUACUGUAUCAAAUGUUUCGCAAAUUUGUGCUAAUUGGAAAGGAUAAGCUAAUUCCAUCUGAUUAUUUUGCUGGCGGUAUAAGUUUUUUUGUGAUUGGUCUUGGUGGUACAGCGAUCGGGCUUUUUUAUGCUUUUAUUGUUAGUUUCAUCACUAAAUAUACGGAUAAAGUCAAAAUAUUAAAUCCUAUUUUCAUAUUUCUAAUACCGUACAUGGCUUAUUUAACCGGUGAAAUGUUUGGGCUUUCAUCCAUUUUAGCAAUUGUUGCUUGUGGUAUGGCUAUGAAGCAAUAUGUUAAAGGCAAUAUUACUACAACAGCUGCGACAUCUGUCAAAUAUUUUAUAAAAAUGUUAGCACAAAUUUGUGAAACGGUUAUUUUCAUGUUUCUUGGCUUAUCAACCAUUUCAAGCAAACAUCACUGGGAUUUAGCAUUUAUUGUACUUACAAUUAUCUUCUGUUUGGUUUAUCGUACCAUUGGGGUAAUCGUACAAUGCGCUAUACUGAAUCGUUUCCGUAAACAAAGUUUCACUCGGGUUGAUCAGUUCAUUUUAUGUUAUGGCGGAUUACGAGGAGCCAUCGCUUUCGGCUUAGUAGUUUCUAUGCCGAAUAACAUUCAUGCUAAAAGUAUGUUCACAACAGCCUGUAUAGCUGUCAUCUAUUUCACCGUAUUUCUACAAGGAAUAACAAUUCGACCUUUAGCAACAUAUUUAAACAUAAAACGUGAAACGGAAGAAGGUCCAACAAUGAUACAAAGUGUUUACAUGAGGUAUUUCGAUUAUACAAUGGCUGGUGUGGAAGAUAUUGCCGGCCAAAAAGGUUACCAUUCAGUACGUGAUGCCUUUGAACGUUUAAAUGCAACAAUCUUUCGACCGUUGCUAAUGCGAAAUCAGAAGCCACAUCGAUUUGAUGCAUCCAAAAUUAUUCGAGCCUAUACGAAAAUAACCUUAAGAGAAGCUAUGGAAAUGGCCAGUGAUAUUAAGCCUAAUAUUCCUAUAAGAAAAUCAAAAAGUGUAUCUGAUAGAGUUUCAUCAUCCAAAUUCGAAUAUUUAUUCGGUGAAAUAUCUAAAGCGAAUGAUCCAUCGAAUUUGAAGACCGAAAUUACAAAAUAUAUGGCAUCAAGCGAAAAUACAGAAGCUUUAUACCAUAUGUUCAGUCAAUUAUUAGAUCGUAAACUUCGUGAAUUAAAGAAGGAUGAAAGUACAAUGGAAGAAAAUGGCGAUGAUAUUAAAGAAGAUUACUUAGAGGAAUUUGUUAAACCUGGAACCAGCAUUUCAACAGUUGAUCUUACAGAUCCCAGUAAAUUGGAGUCUCGUUCCAUGUCAAGUGCGUUUCGUAACAGUAUAAGACAACGAAGGAGAAUAUCAAGAAGUCUAAGUAUGGGAAAUCAUGUUUGA